GAAGAUUUCUAAGAGUCUAACUCCUAAGACUUUAUGAAUAGAGGAGCAAGACGCAACGUUUUCAUUCAGUGUCUCGAAAUAACCCUACGCACAUUAAAGUGUGUAGACACAGAGUGCUUUUUACAGUGCCAUGUCGGUGACUGACGUACACAACUGUGAAAUCAAUAGACAACACACACACAGAUAACGGUCGUGUGUCCAUUUGCGCAUGCCCUAGGCAGACAGCUACCACGACACUUUGCAUCGGCAUUUUAACCAAUUUCGUGAUCGCGCAUUUUUUCCGCGCAUCGAUUUAAAGUUAAAGCCAUUCCAGUGAGGUAGUAGAGGGUGAGCAGCCCCAACGCUCCCCCACUUGAUCAGUAAACAUUGCGUCAGCUGCUUGACCGACAGCCCCGUAAUAAAUGUUUUGAAAAUAUGGCACGUUUUAACUUCCCUUAUACAUCAGCUUUACUUUGUGCAUUUGACCGGAAUCAUCGAAAUUUUUACAUAUUUAAAAAAAAAAUGACGUGUUAGCACAAUGUUGUUAUUCAAUCGUUAAGUAACUGAGUGUAAGUGUAGUUGUAAGGAUAUGCAUUCGGUGUCAAAUGUACGCGUCGCACAGGACAGAUGAGUGCUAUUCUGAACUCCCUCAGGAACUUGGCAAGUUCUGCAAGGACAGCCUCAGCUGGCGACACAAGCGCUCGCUUCGGCGUGACGCCGGGCGCGGAAGGGCCAGGAGAAGGUGGCUUCACGGAGUGGCUGCACGCUAUGCGUCUAGUGGCCCGCCUUCCAGCUGGAGUACCACAACAUUUUCGUAGGAAGCUAUGGCAGACGUUAGCAGAACGGCACUUGACCGCCCGGGGCAUCGACUGGCCGGUCGCCGAGCGGGCCUGCUUCCGAGGCACCGCCCUGCCCGAUGAUACUGAACUUAGUGCGCAGAUCCUUAAGGAUCUGCAUAGAACGGGAUGUUCUCUCUUCUGUGGUGCAGAAGGUCGUGAGAAUCAAGCGAUGCUGCGUAGAGUAUUGUUAGCUUAUGCAAGAUGGAAUAAGGACGUCGGUUAUUGCCAAGGUUUUAAUAUGUUAGCAGCUAUAAUUUUAGAGGUUAUGGAAAAAUCUGAAUCUGAUUCGUUAAAGGUAAUGAUAUAUUUAGUAGAAGCAGUGUUGCCGGAGGGCUACUUUGCUGAUGAUCUGCGAGGUCUAUCGGCGGACAUGGCUGCUUUUAGAGAUCUAUUAAGAUUAAGACUACCCCGCCUAGCUCAACACAUGGAUCAUUUGCAAAGGAUAUCAGACGGUGGUGGCGUAGAGCCUCCUUUACCAGAUGUGUUUACAAUGCAAUGGUUCCUAACACUUUACGCAACCUGGCUACCACGGGAGUCACUACUGAGGAUCUGGGAUCUGAUUCUGCUCGAUGGCAAUGAGAUCCUGCUACUUACCGCCCUCGCUAUUUGGGACAUGCUUCAAGAUCGUAUUCUAUCAGCGCGAUCAGCGGAUGAGUUCUACAGCUGUAUGGGCGGUGGUGUCGGUGCUGUAUGGGAAGCCGGCGAGGCUCUAGUAGCAAGGGUGGUAGCCUUCAACUCGGCGCCUGAACUGCCGCGGCUGAGGAGCCUGCAUAGAUACAGGGUAGCCCCACCAGCACCGCCGAACGCCCCGCCUGUAUAUCAUCCUCCCUUACAAUCUGCGAUGCAGUCGGUGACAAAGCGGGGGUUACGUCUUUUUUAUUCUGAAGAUGAAGGCGACUCGAGUGAUGAUGGAAACAAAAUGGCCUUGGCUACGGUGCUGCCUAGACGUGAAGACCGUGUGGGUGCUGGUGAUAGGUUGUCGUUGGAUAUAGGAGCGCUAAAAAGGCAAUAUGCUAGGCUUCGCGAAAGGCAACGUCAAGCACACGUAAUUUUAGCGGCCGCAUGUGCUCGUCAUGCUGCAGUUGGUGUCCCUACAUCUCCAACCUCACUUACAGUCAACAAUUUACUCUUGGGAAAAAGUGCUAUAGUCAGUUCAAGAGGUCGACGGCUAGGUCCUCCUCCGGGUGCAAUUCCACCGUCCCGGCAAACAACACCCAUAAAGGAAAAACCAGAAGAACUUAAAGACAAGAUUACGGAUGAUACUAUAAGCUGGGAAGAAGAGAAAACUCGAAAGACGUUAAACAGAAGAAACUCUGUAAAAUGGAAAGAUAUUAAAAAGGAAAAAGCAUUAGACCUUACAAGAAAAGCUUCUAUAGAUUUAGACGAAAUGGGAGAUGGUGUAAUAGUAUCCGAAUUAGAAGCUAAUGAAAUGAUAGCUUCAAUUCGAUCUCGUAGCUCUAGUGAAAGCUCUUCAUACUCUUUACGAUCGGAAUCAAGUACAGACACGAGCCUUUGUGAUGAAAAUGAGAAGGCCAGUGAUUCUGAGCAAGAGUUACCUAAUGAUGACAAAGAAAAUAAAGCUCACAGCUUUAAAAAUAAGAAGCAUGCAGUCGUAUCAAACACUCCAAUAUGUAAAGAAUCCAAGGCCAGCCCCUCACGUCACGUUAAAGAAUCUAUAAAUACAUGUUUAUCUGAAACUGAAAAAAAUAUCGCAGUAGAUGAUAAAAAUGUAAAAAAUAUCACUGAAUAUCUCGACUCAGCUGCUGGUGAACCAUUACGUAUUUAUAUAGAUGGUUUUGAAUCCAAAUUAAAGGAUAGCCACAUUAUUACUGGUGAGGAAAAAUCUUGCGCUCCAGUAAGUCCAUUCAAAUGUGUUCGCCAUCACCGAAUAGAGUACGAAAGAAAUGACACUUUUCAUCGGCCAAAUUAUGAAGAAAGAAGAAACCAAAAGAAUGCGAACGUAUCAAAAUGUAAAAAUGUAAUGAAAUUAAAUUCUAUCGAUUUAUCUCCUUGUCAUUGUGUUGUUGAAUAUGGUUCAUCAUACACAAACGAAUCAAGACGGCCUUCUACAUCCAUAACAACUUCCACAAAUACAAGACCUCCAGAUAUAAUCGACAGUUUUACAAUGUACCCUAAUUUUGUUCCUGAUAUUGAUUUAUCAGACAAAGGCAUUUCGGACACUGAAAGUCCACCUGAAAGUCCUAGAUCCGAAAGUCUUAUUGUAAGUGAAGAUGAACCUCCAAUUCAGUUGAAAAUUGAUAAAUAUUUUGAACAUAGUCCAGAAUUUUUUGGAGCGAGGUUAACAGAUCCUAAUAAUUUUGAUAUUCCAAGUAGACGUGCUAUCAGAAGAAAUUCGAGAUUACCCAAAAAGCCAGACUCACUAACAUUGCAAAACAAUCACAAUGAAAACACUUUAAAAACCGAUUCUGAACGAGCUUCUUCCUUACCACAAACUCAUAGUUUUGUAUGUAAAAAAUCCGUAAGUCCCGGUUCAAGAGAAGAAAAAAUAAGUGGUAUAGAAAUGGCAGAUAGACAGUUUAACGAUAAUAAAAACGUACCCACUGAUACUAAACGAGCAAUACUGGAAGAAUCAUCUCCAAAUAAAGAUACACCUUCUUCAAAAGAAUACGUUUUACGUUCUGGGCGAAAAAACAGUGAAAGAGCUCUGCAAAUAAUACAAGAAAACUCACAAAUACUUAGCCGAAUUUUGACGAAACAACACAUUUCAUCUGCUCUGAGUAGUCAGUUACAAGACAGAAAAAGCAUAGAAGAUAUUAUUAUGGAUAGAAAAAAUAAAGACAACGCUACUCUUACAAAACCUUCAGAAACAAAAAUACUUGAUUCGCCUCUGCUUAAAGAAUCUACCUCAGAUUCUUUAAUCGGUUGCAUUAAACGAACUUCUAAAGAUGAAACAUCGGAUAAAAGUGAUUUUCUUAGAGUUAGACCAAUUUCGAUCGAUGACCCAUUUUCAUACGAAGUUCGUAAUACUCCAACAGGAUCUGAUGAAUUUGCAUUAAAAAAUAUUAAAACCCCUAGCAUUGAAUGUCUCGGCAACAAAACUGAUUUGUAUGGAUGGGAAAAUAAGGGGUUUUUGGCAAAAUGCGACUAUAAAAGCAACCUAGGUCAAACCGAUACUCUCGAUGAUAAUUACAGAAGAAAAAAUAGUAAUAUUUCGACACAUAGCGAUUUACAAAAAGAGAUUCGGCGAGCUACAAUUGAUGAAUGGGCACGAUAUUCGUUUUCUAGUGACUCAUCCAAGAUAUCCGUUAGCCAACCAUCCUCAGAAAUAAAAGAUACGUCUACAUAUGAAAAACUAUUUACUUCAGAUGAUUAUAACUAUCCACUAACAACACCAACAAAAUACAAUGAUUUUCAACCAUCCAAAGCAGGUGAGAUUGUCUCCAAAUUAGAAGGUCAAAGUCCGAAGCUCUUUGAAAGUGUUCUAAAAACAGAAAAUAGUAUUAACACAUUCAGUGAUUUUUCUAACAGAGUGACGUCUUCUAUUAGCUUUACAUACGAACCGUCGGUGGAUGACGAUUCCCCUAUGGGUGCAAAAAGUAAUUCUAGCGACACAUUAUGUCAAAUAACUUCGUUAGACCAGGUAUCUACUCCGAUAUCACCAAAAAUUUUUCCAAAGAGAGAAACUCCAACACUGCCUAAAGAUCUUACUGAAAAGAGUGACAAAACUAAAUAUGAAUCAGACGACACAUCAAGUGCUAUAACCUCGCUCCUAGAGACAGAUACCUUAUCUUCGCUUUCUUAUCCGCGUAGUCCCUCGACCGGCUCUUAUCAUCCUUUCCCAACUCGGCCAGCGAUGCGUUUGCCGAAGGAUCUAGGAGUAAGAUUAGGCAUGUAUCCUAAAGAAACCAUUACUUCUCCACAAAAAUGAGCAAGUUCUGAUGACUUAAUGACUACUUUCUUUUAUAUUUUAAUGUGAAUUAAUAUAAUUUUAAUGAGUAUUUUAUACGCAAUUUUGUUGGAGUGCGACUGAGUUUAAAAGUUUAGAUAAGGUUUUUGACUGAUUUAUUUUAUUGAUUGUUGUAAUAAUAAUUGCCCAGCCAGUGUUUUGGUGAGUUUGAUCAUAUUAUUUAGUGCUGUAAAUUUUAUUAUAAAAUUUAGAACAUGUUGUUUAUAUUAUAAAAAGUUCGCUUGACGGCUAAUUUGGAAUACGAACAGCUUCAUAAUAAUUUGUAAAAAUGUUGAAAAAAAGGCUAAAAAGUUGAAGCAAUCCGUAUUCUAUUUGAGCUUUAAUAAAAUAUUGUAAGGAAAACUAAACAAACACGUUGCCUUGACACCACUGUAAUGUUAUAAAAAUUCUGCGCAAUACAUAUUUGUAUAAUAAUAACCUAGUUAACUUGUUUGAAGUCAAUAUAAUUCAUGGCAAUUAACUAUUUAUACGGCUCUAGAGUAACAAAUUCUAUCUUCGCAAAAUAAAAAGCAGAAUAUAAAAGAUAAUAAUUAUUUAUUAUACGACAAUAUUGACAAAUUAAAUACGAUUUGCAACUGCA